AUGACCAUCCCAGUCUGUCUGGCGCAGGUCCUUGGUCUGGCGCUCUGGAGGAUUUCGUUUGGGAGGAGAGCCUUUGAGGACUCCGAACAUCACCAAGCCAGUGCAAAAGGAGGCCAACCGAUGGGGACUGAAUGCUGCAGUGGUGAUGCUGAGAGGCAAAUUCUCUGUGCCAACCGUACUGCACCCAUGGGACAAUCCGAGCUUUGCGACAAGCACCGGGUAUUGAUCACCACGUACGCAACGCAUCAUGUGCAUAGCUUUGCACGCUACACUCUGCCUUUGAAUGCGAAUUGGGCACUUCGUUUCAAUCACUCCUUCGUCAUUGACACCCGAGAGCGAGCCGAUGGAGGUGUUGAUGUGAAGAAUGCCAAAGUGAUGGUGAAGAAGUACUGGGUCGACCAUCCAUCGGUCUCAGCGCCUUGGCUUCUGUGGAUCGGUGCAGACGCGUCCUUCGUGGAUUUCGGCGAGGACGUGCUGCGCAGGACUCUCACAGAGUACGCAGCCGAGCAGGUUCAGGUGCUCAUCAGCCGCGAUCCCCAUGGCCGGGCUGGGAACUCCCUGUCCCUCUUCAACGCGGACGUGAUUUUGAUCCGGAGGUCAUCUUGGAGCUCUCAGUUCCUGCAACGUUGGUGGGAUGAUCCUCGCAUGAAGGAGGGGUGGACAGACCAGGAGGUGUUGGAACUUCUCUACAAAGAGGACGUUAUGGGAGCACAAGCAGCUUUUGUGCUCUUGCCUCCUGGCACGCUGAACUCCGACUCCAGAAGCAUCAUUGCAGCUGUGCCUAAGCAGCAGCCGGUGGUGCACUUGGGAGGCCACGGCGACACGGUUCGCUUGGAGGUCUUCCGCAGGGCUCUGGAGCUUCUGUGCGAGGAUCAAUUGGACCGCAAUUCCUUGCAGCUCCAAGAUACCUACUUGGACUCCUUGAGAAGGGUCACUACCCAACCUGAGGGCACCAGCUCGGGACACCUGCAUUCCAGUGUGAGCGCGGGGCAUUUUCAACGGCUGGCGUGGCACCUAGAGGUCAAGGGGCGUGUUCAGGAGGCCUUGGCAGUGCAGGAGGCCGCGCUGCAGCAUGCAAAGCGUAGCUUUGGAAGCUCGGAUCCACAGACCCUCCUGGCCGAAGUGGCGCUGGGAACCAGCCUCCGGGUGGCUGGCCGAGGCUCGGAGGCGGCGCAGCUGUUGGCGAAGAGCUGCAAGAAGCUACCGGCACGCGACAAGUUCACCUGUGUGAACAAUCUGGCAUUGGCUUUGGGCAGCAUUGGCCGACAUCAGGAAGCUGAGGUGCACUUCCACAAGGCGCAUCGUGGGAUCGUCAAGGUCUUGGGUCACGAUAGCUUGGCUGCAGCGAACGUGGCCGUGAACUUGGCCAGCAGCAUGGCGCAACGCCAGGCGCAUAGGGAGGCAGAGCCUUUCUAUCGCAGCGCCUGGUCUACCCGCAACGCCUCGCUGGGUGCAACUCAUCCAGAGACCCUCGAAGUUCAGGGCUUCUUGGCUGCAUCUCUGUUGGCCUCGGGACGUCCACGCGAAGCAGAGCAGGUGCAGCGACAGGCCUUGCCUACUGGAGCAAGUCCAGAGGUCUUGGCACAGGCGCACAGCACCUUGGGCCAAGCGCUACGGCUACAGGGAAAGGUCUCUGAAGCGUUGGAGCAUUUCCGUGUGGCCUACGAGACUUUCCAAUCACCUCCUGAAGGCAAUCGCAACCCCAACAUGUUUGCUGCUGCAAGCAACCUAGCGUCUGUAUUGCAAGAUCUGGGUCGGUUGGACGAGGCGGCUCCUCUCUAUGAGCUCGCAGUGCUUGGUCUAGAAGAGACCUUGGGGGUUGACCACCAGAACAGCCAGGGAGCACGCCAGAACUACGAGAAGUUCAGAGAGAUGAGUUCUACCAAGCGACAAGAAAAAAUGCGUGUGAGCCACGUCAGUUGUUGCUUUGACCAGUUGCCGAAGAAAGUUUAUUCUUGCAAAUCAAUAUAUCUAUGGUAG